CUCUGUUUUCUGUCCAAAAUACAGGCUUGUUUUUCGCUUUUCUUUGCAGUUGGUGUGGAUUGCAGGGCAGCGAGCUAAGAUGAAUGCCAUAGCUGUUUUCACAGUCUCUAUUAUCUUCUGUAUUUCAUGCCUCUUUGCUGCUCUCGGUAUUGCAUUCUCACAACACAGCAACUUUAUGGACCUGGUACAGUUCUUUGUGACGUUUUUCAGUUGUUUCCUGUCUCUGCUCCUGGUGGCAGCUGUGGUCUGGAAGAUUAAGCAGAGUUGCUGGGCAUCACGAAGAAGAGAGCAACUACUCCGUGAGAUGCAACAGAUGGCAAGUCGCCCCUUCGCCUCCAUCAACGUUGCCUUAGAAACAGAUGAGGAGCCGCCAGAUCUCAUUGGGGGAAGCAUAAAGACCGUGCCGAAGCCGAUAGCGCUGGAGCCAUGCUUUGGUAACAAAGCAGCUGUUCUCUCUGUAUUUGUGAGGUUGCCUCGAGGGGUUGGGGGUAUCCCACCACCAGGACAGUCAGGUCUUGCUGUGGCCAGUGCACUGGUGGACAUUUCACAACAGAUGCCAAUUGCCUACAAAGAGAAAUCGGGUGCAAUACGAAAUCGGAAACAGCAGCCCCCUGCACAGCCAGGAACCUGUAUUUGAUGCAUGGACAUCAGAAACUCUAUGGGGUUUUAAUCAAAAUGGUAAAGUACCACCAAGGAGGAGGAGGAAGAUUCUCAAGUUGUGUGUCACAAGAGACUAGAAGCACUCAGAAAAACACAGCUUCCUUGAACCCAACCUUUUCUCUCAUCUACGUGAUAGUUGGCUUUAUUUGGCAACUGCUCCACUUAAGUUUUACUGACACGUGGCUUCAGAUUGCGCCUUUGUUUUCUCCAAGUUUAAAGUAAAAUAAUUUUCUUGCAGGUCCAGUAACCAUCCAAUUGCCACCAUUCAUGGUCAGUGUAAAUAGAACAGUAGUCCUAUGAAUGACACUCAGGUUUAUACAUGGAAAGUGCUUUGUAGUUCAUGUAUUUAUCAAACUGUAACAAAAAAAAAAAAAGA